GCACGGUGCCAGCAGCCAUGGAAGACAAGACAGAGGUAUGCUUUGACCAGAAGCCGGAAGGAACAGCUCCCCCCAAUCAUCACCAUUUUCUCCGCUGCCUCUCUCUCUCUCCGGAAGAAACAUCCUCGAACCCAUCUCUGUCUCUGUCUCUGUGUUCAGUCAGACUCCAUUUCUCUUCUCUUCCGAGCUGAGGGAAGCAACCCAACAACCCUCAUUCCAAGAACGCCCACAGGGAGGGAAAGAAGGAGAAGAAGAACCAAAGAAACGCCAUGAAAAUCCUUCUGCUCUUCAUCACAGUAAGCUUGUCCCUUCUCUACCUCUCUGUAACAUCCGCUGCCGCAGCCGGCACCAACAAAUCGGCCGCCACAGCGACAUGCCCCUUCGAUCUCAAUUAUGUCCUCACAGUCCCCUGGAACCGCUCGGGCUGUGAAGCCCCCGAGACAUCUUCUUCUUCUUCUUCGUCUGCAGCUACCACUGGCCAGAACAACACGCUCUGCUGCCAAACCCUCCUGUCCCUCUACGGGAUCGCCUUCUCCCAACGCCUGAAGGAGACCUCCCUCUUCCAGCUCCCCGACCUCAACACCUCCGUCUCCUGCCUCGACGAUCUCCAGUCAAAGCUCGACACCCUGUCCCUGGCCGGCGGCCUAGUCUCGUCCUGCUUUGAUCCCGAGAGGUUCACGAUAUCGGGCAGCGGGUGCGCAGGGAUUGAGUCCAUCAGGGACUGGAAAGCCCGGCUUGGCAAUUCGACGCCGCUCGACUCGUCCUGCAGCCAUGACCUUGCCGACCUUACGGACUGCGAUUCCUGUGUCGCCGCUGGGUUCAAGGUCCAGGCCAGGCUCAUAGAGCUUGAUGGUAACAACUCUCACGCCAAUAACUGCUUCUAUUUCGCCAUUCUCUAUGCUGCUGGGAUUGUCAAUACAUUCGGACCCGCGAGUAAAGGUGCCAUGACUUGUAUAUUCAGUCUUCCGAUCAACUCCCCCGUGAGCUCGGACAGUAAUCGGCACUCGAAUCUUGUGUUUGGGUUGACCGGGGCAGGGGUGGCUGUGCUAGUAAUGUGUUGUUUGCUGGGGCUGUACUUCUGGUAUAACAGGAUGUGGAGGAGGAGGAUGAAGGGAAAGGGUCAGGGAUCGAAUCGCGGCAUCGGGUUUGACUUGGAGGAGUCAGGGUCCAGGACGAGGCUGAGGCCUAACGCAGGGUCAAUCUGGUUCAAGAUUCGCGAACUCGAGAAGGCCACCAACAAUUUCUCACAGAAGAAUUUCAUUGGGCGGGGAGGGUUUGGGAUGGUCUAUAAAGGGACUUUACAAGACGGGACCGAAGUUGCCGUCAAGAAGAUUAUAGAGUCGGAAUUUCAAAGGGAUGAAGAGUUCUGCAACGAAGUUGAGAUCAUUAGCAAUUUAAAGCACCGGAACCUCGUCCCUCUCAGGGGUUGUUGCGUAGUUGAUGGAGAUGAAGAUGUUUAUGACGAGAGAAAUGGGCAGCGGUAUCUCGUGUACGAUUACAUGCCUAACGGGAAUCUCGAUGAUCAUCUCUUUCCUUCUUCUGUCAAUGACCAGAGCGUGAAAAGAAAGGCUCUAACAUGGCCCCAGAGGAAGAGUGUAAUCUUGGAUGUGGCGAAAGGGCUGGCUUAUUUGCACUAUGGAGUGAAGCCCGCAAUUUACCACCGGGACAUCAAGGCGACAAACAUUCUACUGGAUGCGGACAUGAGAGCGAGAGUUGCCGAUUUCGGGCUUGUGAAGCAGAGCCAAGAAGGACAGUCCCAUCUGACCACUCGGGUUGCAGGAACUCAUGGAUACCUGGCCCCCGAGUAUGCUCUCUAUGGACAGCUUACAGAGAAGAGUGAUGUGUACAGCUUUGGCGUGGUUGUUCUGGAGAUAAUGUGCGGGAGGAAAGCCCUCGAUCUGUCCUCUUCAGGCUCACCUCGGGCCUUCCUGAUCACGGAUUGGGUAUGGUCCCUUGUAAAGGCGGGAAAGAUCGAGCAGGCCUUGGACCCUUCGCUCUGGAGAGAUGGGGAGUCCGUGAACUCAAAUCCAAAGAGCAUAAUGGAGAGAUUCAUUCUCGUUGGGAUCCUGUGCGCCCAUGUUAUGGUGGCUCUGAGGCCGACUAUUAUGGAUGCCCUGAAGAUGUUGGAGGGAGAUAUCGAAGUUCCUCCAAUUCCCGACAGGCCGACUCCACUUGGGCACCCUUCCUUUUUUGGGGAUGGGAGCACUUUCAGCAUUUCACCAGCGUUGAGCGGGCCCCAGUUGCAAGCUGGAGACAUGCUAAGGUGUACCUGGAGACAUGAGGAGCUCAAAGGAAUUUGAAUGCCUGGAAGAUUCAAAACUUCCAUCGGUUCACCAACUCGUAACCGACGACAAUUGACAAACCAUGGAAUGUUUUUUUUCUUUUCGAUCAGUGUAGACUACAGGAAGUAGAUGCUUCUGAAAUUCCCAUCUUUUUGCCUUGUGUAUAUAAUGCAUUGCUGGGAAUUGAUGAUGAAGGGGAAAGUACUAAUGCAUAGAAUCUGCCCACUCCUCUGUCAAAAUCAUGUCCCAUUCCCAAUUCAUUCAUCUGUAAACUUCGGUCUUCCUUUCGGGUUUUCCGGUGCUUCGAGCUAUAUCAAGCUGUUAGUACCUUAACCUGAAAUUUUAAAAGGUUCGCUGUAUAAUUGAUACAA